AUGGCUACGUCAACUAAAAAAUCUUGGAAACUCCAAGAUUUUACUGCUCAUACUUCGAACGUUAAUUGUCUUGCACUAGGUCACAAAUCGGGAAGAGUUUUAGUGACUGGCGGAGAUGAUAAGAAAGUUAAUUUGUGGGCAGUAGGAAAACAAAAUUGUAUAAUGAGCCUAAGUGGGCAUACUACUCCUAUCGAAUGUGUACGCUUUGGGCAAACUGAAGACCUUGUUUGUGCUGGUUCUCAAACUGGAGCUUUAAAAAUAUGGGACUUGGAACAUGCGAAAUUAGCUAGGACACUUACAGGACAUAAAGCUGCAAUAAAGUGUAUGGAUUUUCAUCCGUACGGAGAAUUAUUAUCAUCAGGAAGUUUGGAUACUGGAAUUAAAUUGUGGGACAUCAGGAGAAAAGGUUGUAUUUUUACUUAUAAAGGCCAUGAUGAAAUAGUUAAUAGUUUGAAAUUUAGUCCUGAUGGACAAUGGAUCGCUAGUGCAGGAGAAGAAGGUAUGGUUAAGUUAUGGGAUUUAAGGGCAGGACGACAGUUAAAAGAGUUUACAGAACAUCGAAGAGCAGCAACAACUGUUGAAUUUCAUCCUCAUGAAUUUUUACUUGCCAGUGGAAGUUUAGAUAAGACAGUUCAUUUUUGGGAUUUGGAAUCCUUUCAAUUGGUAUCUUCCACAGAACCUAAUUCAUCAGCAAUAAGAUGUCUUCAUUUUAGUCAAGGUGGAGAAUGUUUGUUUACUGGAAGUCAAGAUCUUUUGAAAAUACAUUGUUGGGAACCAGCACGAACAUUAGAUACAGUACCUACGAACUGGGGUAAAAUUCAAGAUAUUGCUAUCGCACAAACUCAGUUGAUUGGUGCGAGUUUUAAUGGUUCCAAUGUGAUGUUAUUUGUUUGUGAUUUAAAAAAAAUAGCACCUUUUACUAAUUUUUCUCAAUCAUCUUCACCAUUUGCUCACGGAAAUCCAACAAGGAGAAGUUUUACAAAAGAAAAUUUUAAAAAACCUUUAGUGAAUGUAAAAACAACUAUCGAAGAGGGUAAAUUAGGAUUUGAGCAUGAAGACGAAAUUCGGCCUGUUGAAUUACCUUCUUUAGCUAAUUGUGAAGAUAUUUUUCAACCUCAUCGUUCAUGUAAGCAUAGACUGUCUCGGACACCUCCACCAGAGCCUGAGACUGCUGCAAGGCCUCAUGAUUUUGAUCCUACACAACCACAAAUUAUUCACAAUCUCAGUACGUCAAUGACGAAUCUGAAUACUACGGAAGAAUUAAGUACUGUAGAUAAUUUAACAUCUUCAAGUUCAUUAGAGCCAUCGACGUUAUUUACAAAACCUGUGUCUGUUCGCAACAGUUCUAUAAAAUCAUCACCACCCGUUCAAAGACACUUGAUUCAUUCAAGCAGUCAAGUUAAAUUAAAUUCACAGUGUUUAAAUAAUAGUAUUGGUAGAAAUGUUAAAAAUUUUGCGCAAAUUCCACCUUUAAGACAAAGCAUCACACCAUUCACUGGAAAAAAAUCUACACCUAAUAAUUCAAAUAUUCAUCAACCUAUGGGGCCUCAAAGAUCAAAUUCUACUUUGACAUCUCGAGUUGCACCGAUGGCAGCAGUCGCUCCAGUUGUCGGAGGUGAUGGAAAAUCGAAAAGUCGUGCACCAAGUCCAGACUCUCCAAAACAUUUUUUCAAACGACAAAGUAGCUGUCAAGACAGUGAACAUGGUUAUGAAAGUGAUUUUCCAGUGAAAAUAAACACUAAUAUAAGACACAGUCCUUCAGAUCCGGCUUUAAAUCGACCAAAUACUGGGCAAACCCGAUCAAAUUCAAUAGCUCGAAAUUUUAUCAACUCUGGACCACUAUCAGCUAGAAACCUAUUAGCUGUUAAAAAAAAUAAUCGCGCUCAAGUACCUCCUAGUCCAAAAGUAGAUAUAAGAACAUCACAACCGAGGCCUAUUGAAACAAUUGAGAACGAUGAAUUUGUGCCAAUAAUAUCAGAUAAACCAAUUGGUUUAGAGAUGGAAGACUUCUUACCAAAUAACCUUGCAGGAUUGGGAAGACUUGGGUAUAGCCAGAGACUAACUGAAAUAUCAGAAAUUGAAGUUAUCAGUAGUAUAACCAGAGGACAUGAUUCCAUGAUGAUGGUUUUAACAAAUCGUCAAAAAUCUCUUCAAAUUAUUUAUUCGUUUUGGCAUAAUAAAGAUAUAAAGUCUGCCAUUGAUUCUGCGGUUAGAAUGAACGACUUAUCUGUCAUUGUUGAUCUUUUAGGAGCUCUGAAUUUGAAACCAACUGUUUGGAAUUUGGAUGUAUGCAAUUUACUACUCAGGCCAAUUACUGAACUGAUCCAGAGUAAAUACGAAAUGUAUGUGACGGUUGGUUGCACGGCGUUGAAAUUGAUUUUGCGGAACUUUGCUUCAGUGAUUAAGUCAAAUGUCGAGGCGCCAUUGCAUACCAUUGGCGUAGAUGUUUCCCGAGAAGAAAGAUAUCAUAAAUGUCUAUCAUGUUACGAAAAACUAGAAGCAAUGAGGACUUUGAUAAAGAAAAAGCAAAUGAGCUCAGGACAAGUUGGGUCAUCUUUCCGUGAAAUAAAUGUUCUCAUGAAUACGCUAGUGUGA